CCUACCUCUACUUGUACAUCUUUGCCCUGAACACCACUGCAUCUUCAUUCAUCAGAUCGGAUGCCUCUCGAAGCUCCUGCAUUUCCCUUGCUUCAACUCGCGCUGAAGGUGCGCUCUAGACUAUAACUCUAGGUCACCUUCUCCCCAUCUACCUAGGGGUUUUCACGGCCCAAGCCUGCGAUCCUCUAAAUGGGUCAUGCUGUGCUUAGACCAAGUUCGAGUGAGCGCGGCGCCAGAUGCACCAACAUACCAUGUCUUGAGCUUGUUUUAAUACGACAACCACUCUCCCUGACUUGCUGCUUGCUAUUUUUCUUCUUCAUGUUUCAAGUGCUGUGGCUUCAGCUACCAUGGGUCAAGUACUGUCAGAAGAGAGGAAACCGGCUCCCUUAUCCCACGAGGAGUUGGUCAAGGAACUGGCCAACAUAUUUGCGGACAAGUGCUUCACACCUCUCGAAUUGUAUUCGCUGAAGCAAGUCUUUAAGAGCCUGGCCCACCAUGAGCAGCAUGUGGGCUAUCUCAAAGAGGGCACCAUUGCGACAUAUCUCAACGUCCCCGACAUUCUCGGCGUUUCUCCCGUGCUCUUCCAGAUGGUAACCUACAUUGCUGCCUUCCCUUUCUUGGAAGAUGCCCCGGCCUUCCUGGGCUUGCAGCAGAUGGUCAUAGUGAUCACUCUCAUGACAGAUAGAUACCGGCGCGUGUUGAGAAAGGAUGCUGCUGAUAAAACUAAGUUGUUGUUCAAGAGCCUGGCAGUUUACGACCGCAAACUUUCGAGACCGGCUGCCGAUAUGCACAGUGGCUUGACAAACGCGAGAGAGCAAGCGGGAAACGAUAGGCAAGCGCUUGACAAUGACGAACUGGUACUCGCUGCGUUCGAUGCUUUGGGCCAUGUCAUUCCUGAUAAACAGCAGAAUAUGCUUGCCACUCAUGAGGCUAUGAUACCGGGGGAUAAAUUUCGGAAGUUCAUCAUGCUCCUCCUUCUUGUCGCGCCACUGGAUCCUCAGGGACGUCUGGACUCCGAUCCCAAUCGAGUGACCGGGACUGGGCUACAAUGCUUGAGGACAGCAGCUGAGUCAAUUCUGGCGGCCUUUCUGGACGUGGAACGGAAACCAGGCGUCGAAUAUCUCCGCUUCAGCAAGGUCAUAGCCAGUUGCCUACCCUUUCUUUUCAGAGGCCUCACUCCCCUUUUUGAAUAUUUUCUCUUUUCCGAGGAACUUGACUUCCACAAAGGCAAGAAGGGUACAUCCAGGUCCCCAACUAUGUUUCCUGAGCCAGAGCAACCGAUAUUGCAAGACACUGGAUCCAUUAUGAACGCAAGUAUCCUAUCUCAAAUGUCCUUCUUUCUCCCUGGUAAUCUGCUCUUCCGACGCCUACGCCUCUUAUACGCAGGUGACGAGGAUGGAUUCAGCAUGGGCAGUUUCGAGGCCAAAGUAUUCAAGUGGAAGGCCCCGACAAUUCUGCUUGUUUGCGGAACGCGCUUGCGGGACGAUUCUGACCAUCACAGCAACGGAUCAGCGCCGGCUUUCUGGGCUUCUUUGCCUCCGAGACGUUUUCCCCGUGGCAGCUCGGGCGAAGCCGAGCGACUCACCUUUGGGGUCUAUGUCCCCGAGCCCUGGAAACUCACUCAUCGGGACUGCUUUGGUGGAGAGGACACGAUCUUAUUCCAGCUCGAACCGAUACAUGACCUCUUUCGGGCAUCGUCCCUAAACAAGGAUCACAUCUCGUUCGCCAGGCCCUCGGCAUCGCCGAGCCAUGCCGGGGUGUCUUUUGGUUGUCCACCGCCCAGGCCCAGCCAAGCAUAUCGCCGCUCAAGCAUAAUCGCACUUGGGCCCGUGUCUUUGAUGUUGGAUAGCAGCUUCGAGUUCGGCUGCUUCACCCACGAUUAUGCUUCAAAGGGAGGGGCAUUCCAUACGAGCAUGAUCAGAGAAUAUGAUUUCCAAGAGCGUUUUGAAAUUGGAAGUGUGGAGGUUUGGGGCUGCGGCGGGGAUGAGGAAGCGAAGGACCAAGCAGAGAGAUGGGCGUGGGAAGCAAGAGAAGCUGAAGCCAGAAGGCGGAUCAACCUGGGCACAGGCGACAUCGAAGCUGACAGAGCAUUGCUCGAGAUGGCCGGGCUUAUAGGGAGCAACAGGAAUGGCGGUAGCAUGGCAUAACAGUAACAGUUUGCCAUAGGGAGCUUCAUUAGCCAAAGAGCGGAUGUGAGGUUCUUCCCCCGGAUAACAAGAUUAAUAUCAACAAAGCAUUGGGAGACUGGCAGGCCGGAACGUUUGUGGCCUCAUGAUCUGACUGCCUCUACGGGUGCAAGCCAUGUCCUCGACUUCUCCAUACUAUAUCGUACAUCAUUCACGUAUACUUACAUACCUGAGUGGCUACCUUCAAUCACGUUUGUAUUCGGCCUAGUUCUUAUCCCGCGACGACCCAUCGGCUCCUUUGGAGCCCCCAAGCCAAGUGGGUAGUCGCUCGCGAACACCUGUGAUGUUGGACUUGUUGGGAUCCUCGGGCGCUACGUCUCCGGCCGGACUGCUGACCUUCUCCUUGGCAUCAGCAUAGGCGGCCUGGGCUUGGGCGGCAACGCCAUCCGGAGCGCCCGCAGCUGAGUCGCGCUCUGCCUUCUUCUUCCUCCUCUUCUCAAGUCUCUCCUGCAGAGCCUUGUCCUCGGCAUCGCGAACCUCGAGCUCCCGAAUCCACUUCUGGCGCUUCUCUUCGGCAUCCUGCUGCUCCUUCAGCUUCCACAGCUCCUUCUGCUUCUGGCGAUCAGCAGCGUAGUACCAGCUGCCGGCAACCAUGGCGACAACGGUAAAAGCCUGGGCAGCAACACGGGCGCGGAACAUGCGCUGAACCUGUUCGUGGUCACCGCGACGCAUGGCGCGGUAGGCGCCCGUGAAGGCGGCGACGGUGGCGAUACAACCGAUGGGGAUCAAAGGCUCCUCGCGGAGACGGCGGGACACCUUUUGGAAGCCAUUCUCGUUGUAAAAGUCCCUGUUUGGGGGGCAAAGACAAUGAGGCCUCGUCAGUAUAGGGCGCAUGCGGCCUGCAGUCGCGAGGGAAUCCAGCGCCCGGAAGGGCAACGAAGGGCGGCUUGACUUACGCGUUGUCGUCAAAGGAGGAGGGAAGAGGUCUAGAGGAGAGGCCCGGUGGGGCCGAGCCUUGGUUGUCUGUAGAAUUGGGCAUGUCUAUACUAUGUCUGGCAAUAGGGCUCUGGGAAGCCGAGAUAAGGCAGAUUGGCGCGCAAUUUGGAGCCUCGUGUCGACUGUCGAGACAGGUGGAACUGGGUUCUCGGUGAUGAAACAACGGCAACGGAGACGGAGACGGGCGAUAGCGAUGGCGAUGCGCCUGCCACAUGAAGUGAGGAAAAGGUCGAGCUAGGUACCCCACAACUCUCGCUCGCCGGGGCUCGGCCCCGCAACGUCAGGAC